AUGGCUGGUCCAACUCUUGUUUCGACUGGCCUUCCUGUCGCCGGUGGCCAGGAAGUUGAGAUGGCAGACUACAAUCAUCCCGAGCCAACGUUUUUUGCCGGAGAUGAGACUCUCUGGACUCGAAACAUGGGGCCAUGCAAUAGUCUCGCAACAUUUUGUCUCAACUCCAAACAGCAAAGUCUAACCCACCUCGCGGGUGGCGGCCUUUUGGAUGAGCAAGUUGUUCCUUUUGCCCAUAAAUUGGCUGCAGAGUUAGAUGAGGAUUAUGUACUCAUCUGGAUCAGUGGCACCGAUUCUCUAUUUCAAAAGAGCUUCAGGGACACACUCUUUGAUUUCUCAACUGGCAUUAUGGAUGAGAUGAUCAAGCUCAGCAAAAGGCCCCAGUUGGGUGAGGACCGGGAUUUUGAGCAAAAUACGGAUGGGUACAUGAAAAAGGAAACAGAGAAAGACCCUGUGAUAGUGCCAAAUACGCCAAAUUAG